AUGUAUGUAUAUAGGUCAUAUAGAUAUACACACACCCUGCUGUUUUGUUCUGAAAGAGGAAAAACAAUUCUGCAAAACAUGUACUUUGGUGGCCUGAUUGCAAUUGUUCUUUUGUGCUUUCUCUGCCCUUUAAUUAUGAUGUCUGUCAAACACAGUGGACUUAAAUGAGGAGAAAAGUCUGAUGACCCCCUGUCCUUCAUGUCUCAUGAAGUCAAUGAAGAUGUCCGUUUCUGUAGGAAUGAUUGGAUCAGUGAAGGACUCGCGUCUGUUUGUUUUUUCCCUGGUUUCAUUUAUUUUUAGAGUUUUUGUCCUGUUGCCAGUCUGUCCAGAAAGGGCCUUUCUAGCACUUAGAACUGUAAAAACUAGACGGGGAGAUGAUAAAUCUAUUGCCUCUCACCGAAUAAGGGCUGGUAGUACACUAGUUCAUCACCGACCAUUCCUUUUUACAGCGUUUUCCAACCGAGUUGUUUUACGUGAGAGAGACAAAUGUCUUGUUUUCUGAACAAUCCCUUUGGUUUUAAAUUAGUUUAUUUAUUGGAAUAGUAUAAUAUAUAAGAAGUAAAAUGAGUUUGUAUGUUGGGCAUUGAAUUUUUUUUGUUUUGUUCCUUUUGGUGAAUUAAAUGUGCAACAAAAAAGUGCUGAAAAUGUUUACUCCUGAUGAAGAGUUUACGCUGAUCUAUCAGAAAAAUGAAGAGUUGAUACACUGGAAAACCCCUGAAGGUCUUCUGUUCUUCUGUCUUUCAAGGGGCUGUAGCUGAGUCAUGUCGAAGAAGAAAGAUGUGUUGAAGGGCAAUACAAAGAUUGUCCUUGUCAUGAUUAGCAUAAAUGUAUAUUUUGGUUACAAUUCUUAUUUUUUUGUGAUAAAGAUUCUAUCUAUACACGGUUAUUCACAUUUAUUUUUGGCAUCCUGUCGCAGCUGAUUUUGGUCUUAUUUCUCGAUGUGUAGGGAAAGAAAGCAUGCGUCUCUUACGGCACCGUGGAAGUGGUGAUGCUGUCUUGGGGUUCAGAGCUGCCAGUAGAAAUGACCAAGCACCAGAGUGUCACACUGGUCAUCUCUCUCUGAACCAUUCACUUCAAAACGGUUUCUCUUCUGCCUUUGCCUCAUGAUGCAUAUAACCUAACCUCUACCUAUGUGUAUGUCUGUCUGUGUGUGUGUGUGUGUGUGUCGACAUGCAUAUAUUCAGGAAUAUGUGUAUGGGCGCCAAUAUUUAUUAUACUACAUAGAUGCAGUGUAUUACAAUAGGUCUUUUGAGGUUUUUGCUUUUGCUUGACAGUGUUUUUCAAUGUGGUUAACUAGAAUUCUAUUGUACUUAGAUUUCUUCUUCAUGAGGUGCCGGGAUAUGCUGCUAUUUGUGUCGCUGUAGGAGCAUUACCUGUUGGUCUUUGUUUUGAAAAACAGAGACAAUUCUUUGUCUGUCCAGAUUGCUGCCAAAUGUUGUAAAUUACGGGACAGCUGGACACAAAUCUGACAGUGCGGGUUCAGGCAACGUUGGCAUACUGUACGCUUGCGGCCAUGUUCUUUUCCGACACCAAAGAGUUGCUUAAUUUCACACAGUUGUCUUGAUUUUUCCCAAAUGGUAAGAGUCAGUCUGGAUACUAUGGGCGACACUCUUGAGUCAAGACGUCUACUGGGUGUAGGGCAGGGCAGCUUGGAUUUAGUUUUUUCUUAUGGGCAUGACGCACUCAUUACCCAGACUGCUGUGCAUGUGUUCAGAAGACAAGCAACGUGAAUUAGAAGAGUUUUAUUCCAAAAUGAGAUCAUCUGACUAUCACUGACCUCAUGGGAAAUAGUUGCAGACGUUGGACGUUUUCAUCCAUUUUGUAUUAAAUCUUGUAUACUUAGGAGGUGUUGAGUUAUCAAUUACGACAAAAAUGUUUUAUCCAAGAUGGAUGAAUACUUUUUGGAAUAAAACCUUUCACUUUUAGAUCAGAGAAACUGAUCUGAAAGAGCAGUUAUGUGGGUUUUGCACUAUUUUUUUGUACUUAAAAUAAUUUAGUUUUGUUUUUAUUGUGUUUAUUUUUCUCUGUCCCAUUUUGGUAUUUUUGAAAGGACCAAAACAUGACAGUAUCUAUGCUUAUCUAUGUCAUUUACCAAUUAUGCUGAUUGCUCCACUCUCAGAUUUGUCUUCAAUGUCAGGUUAAUGAUACUAUGAUAUAUUUAUAUAUUUGAAAACAAAUAUAUAUAUAUAUACUUUUAAUGUAAAUUAUUUGGAUGGAAUAACUCAUUAAUGUCCAAACAAUGGUUGUGCAUAAUUAUCCAUCACACAUACAUGACAAUAAACAUUUUCUGGUUCUGUAGUGAACAUGCUCAUCUCAAAUUCAAACUGUGCUCCUGCAGGAGGGUCACCUCCUCUUGGUGGGCCGCUGAGUCUUUCUACAAAGUGUGGCCUCGACUUUAAAGUGCUUCAGUUUGCAACAUAUAUGGUCUAAAUGGUCUCUUAUUGCACAUUGAAGGAUGCAUGAUAUUAAGUGUUUGCAAACUUGAAGCAACCAUGUAUUAUCCCUCUUGGAGAUUGUCUGUCGGUCUGUUCUGGCAUUUGUAUUUACCACCAUGUUGAACAAAACCGAAGUUCUCAUCACACGUCUGAAGGUGUCCCAUUUUCAUUUGAUCAUGCCAAUUGUGUAUGUGUGAGAGAUUAUAUUUAUUUUAUUGGUACAUCCGUUUGUUAUUGUUUGCUUCAUGAAAACUCUUGCUUUCCCUGCACUGUCGAAAUCGGAGCUCAGCGCAGCGUGCAGGAGAGCUCAAGGGUUUCUCAGUCGCCAUACUUCCAUCCAUCCAUCUGUCUUCUGGGAUGAAUAUCUGUGGAGUUGCAGUAUUUUUCUCAUAGUAGGCAAUUUUUGUACAGUUUUAUUAAAAUAAAUUUCACAUGGAUGUCUGACUUAAUCUGCUGCCACAAACAAUUUAGACUGUAGAUACAGUAUAUAUAGAUAUUAUUGUGCAAUGGAAAAUAAAUGUAAAACCAAUCAUAACAUGUUUUGUCUUGUGUUUUCUGUUGUACCGUUUGUUCACUGAAUUCAUUUAAAGAAAUAAAUGCUUUACUUAUUCUCAUAUGGAAACUAUUUGUCCCUCCAGAGGUCGGAUGUGCUUCUUGGAUUUAUACCACAAAUUUUUCAUUUUUCACAUUCCAACAUUCAGACAAUUUAUUUUCAGAUAAAACUCAAAUUGUGGAAGAAGAAAAAAAAUACUAUUCAUGUGUUGUCUUCAUCCUGUAUUGUAUCUUGUAAUGUUAUGGUAUUUUUCUAGUGUUUUCUUUUUACUUGUUUUUCAUUAAAGGUGCACCUAUACAUUAUUAGAUCAUAAGCUUUAAAAAGCCAUAUUGGCGUCAGUCCAUUUUUAAUUUACUUUUUUCCUAAUACCACUGUAUUUCAGUUAUGUUUUGCAACUACUGGUAAGAAUGGUUAAAAGCCACAGAACUCAAUCUUAAUUUUUUUUUCAUUUCAAGCUGAAUUUGGGGGUAAAAUGUUUCAUUAUUUGAUUUAAACAUAUGCUAAAACAAAUAUGGCAUCUUGAGGAUCUCACGCAAUUUAUUCACUCUUGAGUUGCUGGAUACUGUGUUCAAAUUUUUUUUUUUUUAAUGUGGUUUAAUUAUUGAUUUUAUGCGUCUUUUAAUUUUAAUUUGAUUUUACUCAAGAGUCCUACAUUUCCCAGAAGCCCCGGCAGGUGGCAGUGAUGCUCCUUGAUCUCCCGUCGUGCAGCGGGGUAAAAGCUACAGCAUGGGAACUGACGCCGAGGCUGAGCAUCUUCACACACAGCCUGGACCGGCGGAUGGAGCAGAGAAGUUGUGUACGGUGCUACGGGCGCAAAGUAAGCCGCAUCUAGUGCUCUCUGAACAGGUAUACAGCAUUUUGCACGUUUUUAUUUUCCUCAUAGUAGUUAUGUAUCGCUCUGGCGUCAGCGUCAACCGCUUUCAUUUUUUGCACCGGAUGAAUGUUUGACGGACCCUGUGAGCGUCUUUGCCCUGCAGCCGGUGCGAUGAACGAGACAAAGAGGAUGCAUGCAGCCUGAGGAGACGCCGACUGGGCUUCACCGAAGUGUGGUCAACUCGAUUUAAGUCUUUUCUCACCGGAUAACUUUACGACACCGUCGACGACAGAAAGUAAGUUAGCAUUAGAGUCGACAAGAGAUUCUGAACCCGUCUUCGGCUGUUUUUUUGCUCAAGAGAACUUCAUCGGGGUUGGAAUUGUUAAAGGAGUUUCUAACAUGCAGCCUCGUUGCUGUCUGCAGUUAUGCAUUCACUGUGGUCACAACUAGUUGAUGCGUUUAAUUUGGAGAAUUGAACCUUUUGGAUGUUCUAUGGAGCAGAGUUGUGGAUUGCCUCCCUGUGCUGUAGUGGUGUGAAUGGAGAGGAUGAUGUGCACCUGAGGCAGGCCUCCUUGAAACCAGUUUUAAGAUGAGCCUGGGUCCAAACCUCGUCCACGAGUGGCUGUCCAAGCUCCACCUGGCCCAGUACGUGGAGUCCUUCAUUGACAAUGGCUAUGAUGAUUUGGAAGUUUGUAAACAGAUUGGGGCACCAGACCUCGACGCCAUAGGUGUCCAAAUUCAGUACCACAGACACCGGCUGCUCACAGCGGUGCACAAGCUCAAAUAUGAGGACGAAAGCAAAGCUCCUGGCUACUAUUUUACCUUAGAGCCCCAGGAUGCCUCUACUUGCAACCACUCUUCACACUCCAACAGAGAAGAUGACUUCAGGACUUUGAGCUCACAGACCGCAGGAACACACGAGGCCUCCUGUCCUGGAAACCACAACCCCAGAUUCACAGAUUGUAAUGAUUUUGUGACUUAUCCCAAACUGAAGCUCAAGGUGCUGUUAAGGGAUAAACUUGCAAAAGAUGGAAUCAACCUGGGAGAAGCACCUUACACCCAUAAGGAUGGCUCGGUGGGGAACCUUGACGACCUGGUUCACGAGUACUCUCAGUAUUACGGCACCUCCCUCAGCGACGUGUGUGAAAGGAUGGAGGAGCUACGGAAACGCAAAGUAGUGCAAGAUGCAGAGAUGGGAACGGUUGACUCAGCGGCCACAUCAUUGCAGCUCCGCUCUCAGAUCCAGGAAUCUCUUGGACUCAGCAGCACCACGUCCAUACUAGAGACUGAAAGAAGGUUACCUGUGCACAAAUCUAGCUCUGAUGACGGAUCAGGAGGAAAAUGGGAUGGAAAGAGAAAGAGCAAGUCUUUUUGGCAGAGUUUUCGAAAGUCACAGAAAGGAGUGUUGCGUCAGAUUUCAAAAGGUGAAGACGUUGGUUUUGUGGCCAGUGAAAUCACCAUGAGUGAUGAAGAGCGUAUCCAGCUGAUGAUGAUGGUGAAGGAGAAUAUGAUCUCUAUAGAGGAAGCCUUGGCACGGCUGAAGGAGUUUGAAGUACAAAACAAACAGACGUGCCAGUCCGAUCCCACAGAAUGGACCGAUCCCUCCAGCCUCACCACAAAUGAAUCAUUCAACUGCAACCCUUGUGACCUGUCAGACAAUGAACAAGAGGAGUCUGUGACGUUCAGGAGACUCCACAAACUGGUCAACUCAACCCGGAAGGGGAAGAAGAAGCUGAUCAGAAUUGAUGAGUCUAAGAGGCCUGGAGCAGAGGAGAGCUUAAUGAUGGAUGGACUUGCUUUCGGAGAUGCCAGCCCCUCACUGUACUCGGGUGUGCAGAAGAAGCUUGCCGUUUGCCCCGUGGACUCCCUGGUUUCAGCUCUGCAGGAUCAGCUCUCCUGUGACAGGGACUCCGACAGCCUGACCACCUCCCCCUCCUCCAGCAGCCUGGACACCUACCGCAGCCAGAAGAUGUUCCAGGCCUUUAGAAAGUCAAGUGGAAGCCCUGUUCAUCAGGAGACACGUGUAGCAGGCGAGGUGAGGGAGGCAGGGGAAGGCACUGGCUCUUCCGCUUCUGAAAUGGAGGGUUGCAAUAAUGAGGAAGCCAAAAUUGCUCGCUCUGUGACAGAUGGAGAGCUCCGUCACCGGAUCCUCAGCCAACACGGGAGAGCUUGUAGCUUCGGAGGUUUUGACCUGACGAACCGCUCACUGCAUGCGGUCAUCUCCAACGACGACAACAUGAAUAAAGACGGAGAUGGUGUGAGGGAUCCCAUUAAGUCUCCAACAACAUCUCGUAUUUCCCUCGGCAAAAAAGUCAAGUCUGUGAGAGAAACUAUGAGGAAACACAUAUCGAAGAGAUACCACUGUUCUCUCUCUGAACAGUCAAGCCCGGACCGCAUAUGCAGCUGCCCUCACUCGCCUCAGACGGACUCUGACUCUGUAGAGAAACCCAAACUGAAGCCAGGAGGCUCUGUGGAAAGCCUGAGGAGUUCCCUCAGCGGACAAAGUUCCAUGAGUGGUCAGACUGUGGGUACCACUGACUCCUCCAACAGCAACAGAGAGAGUGUGAAGUCUGAGGACGGGGAAGAGGAUGAGCUGCCUUACCGCGGACCCUUCUGUGGACGCGCUCUUGUUCAAACUGACUUCACCCCCAGUCCCUACGACACAGACUCGCUCAAACUUAAGAGUGGAGACGUCAUCGAUGUCAUUAGUAAGCCUCCGAUGGGUACGUGGAUGGGAAUGCUCAACGGUAAAGUCGGCACCUUCAAGUUCAUCUAUGUGGAUGUCCUGAAUGAAGAGGAGGUGAAGCCCAAGAAGACACGCAGGAGGAGGAAGGCCCGGCAACCCAAACCCACCUCUGUAGAGGAGCUCCUUGAUCGCAUCAACCUCAAAGAGUAUCUCCCCACAUUCCUUUUUAACGGCUAUGAGGAUCUGGACACAUUCAAGUUGUUGGAGGAGGAGGACCUGGAUGAGCUGAACAUCAGAGACGCCCAGCACAGAGCAGUGCUGCUCACCGCUGUGGAGCUGCUGCAAGAGUAUGAUGGCGGGUCAGGAAGCAGCGACCCGGAGCGAGGCAGUCAAUCUGGAGGCUCACAGGAGAAGCUGCUGCUGCUGGACAGGCGUGGACUCGCGGGAGACUCCCCGCGGGACUCCGGCUGCUACGAGAGCAACGAGAACCUGGAGAACGGAAGGGACAAAAAGACGUCUUCAUCCAUGAGCAGGUCCUCCUCCGGUUUUGAGUCAAGCCACCUCCCGUCCCCAGAGUACCCUGCUCCCCCCCAGACCCUGACCUCCACCAGCGCUAGUAAGACUUCACUCCAAAGUAAACCAGAGUACCUGCUCUGUAUCUCAUCACCACAACGACCCCCGAAGAGCAGCUUAAGUCUCCUCAGCCCGGCAAAGGGUCAUCUUCCCAGUGGAGCCACAGCUAGGAGUCUGAGCUGCACGGAGCUAAGAAGAAAUCCAGCAGCAGAUCUGCUGAGGCGGAGUGUCUCUCUGACCGUCCUCCACAGAGCGCAGGAGAGAAAACUCAUCCCCCCUAAAAACUGGAACCUGACCCCCAGCGUAAAGACUGAGGAGAGCAGACGGCACCAAGUAAAUUCUCAGAAACAUUGCGAGGUCAUGUUUCCGUCCUCCCAAUCUUCAACCACAUUAUAUAAUGCUGUGCCCAGCACUUUGAGCACAGACACGGCACAGGCACACCCUAAACAAGCAGAAAUGACACAGAGCACACACUUCCAGCUGCCACCCACAACUCCAGCAGAAAGGUCCAAUCAUCCUUUGACUACACCGUCCUUAACAGACCCAGAACCUGUACUCACAGAGACCGCCUGCAUAUUCAACUACCCAAAUCACAUUUCGUCAGAGGACAAGGUGAGUAAUUCAUUUUCGGCUAAUUCCGAAGCCCGCCGGCUGACAAUGGAAAGAAAUAAGAAGACAUCCAUAAACUCAGUAAAUCUGGGUUCCCUGAAAGAAGAAAGGCUCCAGGUCCACAGUAUUGAUCCACAUUCUGACAAAGAAUUGGCCUCAAAAGCACAGUGAACUAUUACUUUACAGAUAUUAUCUGCAGCUGUUGGAUGCUAACCAUCUUAAAACCAUGUUUUUUGUUCAGAAUGUUUUAAAGGAGCAGUGUGUAGGAUUCAGCGGCCUCUAGCUGUGAGGUUGCAGAUUGCAACCAGCUGAAUACCCCUCUGUUCUCCCCUUAUUUUGCAAGCGUUUUGGAGAACUACGGUGGCCUUCAGGUAACUUAAAAAUACGAAAGGCCCUCUCUAAAGCCAGUGUAGAAACAUGGCAGUGCAUGAAGAGGACCCGCUGCAUAUGUAGCUAUGAAGGGCUCAUUCUAAAGUAAAUAAACCCCAAAAAUACACGAUUUCUAUUUUCAGGUGAUUGUACACUAUAGAAAACAUAAUAAUUCAUAUUCUAUUACAUUUCUGCCAAUAGAUGGCCCCAAAAUUAACACACUGGUCCUUUAAAUACAUGUUAUUUUUUCAAAUAACCAAUUAUUUCUGAAAAUGCAACCAUGUAUUUGUAGUGUGCCGUGAUGCAUGUUCAUCUGAGGUAAAAAUGCAAGCGGAGUACCGUAGCUUAGGUACAUUUUUGCACAAUAUAGGCACAAUAACCAGACCGUAUAAUACAAUAGAUAUAAAGCCUUGUUGCUUUCUUAUAGGUUGAUGUGGAUUACGCCAAACACAAAUUUCCUUUUCAGUUUCUUUCAAAAUCAUGUUUUCAGUCUAGUAGAAUUAUUCCUGCCUCAGGUAACGUACCUAAAGUGAAGACGGUGUUAAAUUCAUAUUACUAACCUUUCUACACCUUCAGUCUGGUUACAGUAUGGUCGACUUGGAACACCCCCGUCUCUAUUUCAGAUGUUCUCCUUUCAGAUGAAUCCAGUUUGUAGAGACUGGAACUGAGUCCAGCAGUUACACGAACAUCACCCCGCUGCAGUGAGUGGCCAUUUACGGAUCAUCAAACAAAGCGUUUAUUAAUAAACUAUUCAUUGCUUGAUCUAAAUGCAAGUACUGAUGGCAACUAAUGACACACUGGAGAAUACUACAUAUCAUAAUGUCGUUGAUGCAGUAAACGAUCAGCAGUUUUAAGGCACAGAAAUAUAAUUUCCAGUGUUGAAACAAAGUUUAGCAAUUUAAACGGUUGAACAAUUGGAUUCCACUCAGCAAGCAUUUGUCUUAGAUGUUAACGAGAGCUGUUUAUUUCACAUCAGUAAAUUACGUAGUGUUUUUUCCUGUGCAUUCAUUUUAGUAAUAAAGGUUUCUUUCAUAUAUUCUUUGUAAAAAUGCUAACAAGUUUGUUAAUCACUGCUCUACUUUCACAUCAAUAAAUGUUGGUAUCUUUCAAUUAAGUUCAGUACAGUAGAUCUCUGUACUCGAAGGCAACUAUUUAAACAUUUAAAAAUCUGUAAAUAUUACAUUCUCCCAUAACCAAUUUCAAUACAAUUGUUCACCAAAA